AUGGCACGUGUGCUUCGCACCGUGGCCCGUGUCAGCGUGGCGCUCGUGCUCCUCGACGCGACGGAGGUGAAGGACCUGCAACGGGCGAGGAGGAAGAUCCCUGGAGCCGCAUACAAAGGACACGACCAGGUGUCGAUGAGCCAAAAGCUCAACGAGCACCUGAAGAAUGCGGAGGGUGGAACGCUGCCAUGUGAGAACUGGUCCCUGGAAGGGCUACAGAACUUCAUGGCCACAGUGGCAGAACACCGGUCGACCGAGCUGCAGCUGAUCUACCGCAGCAGUUUGGAUCGGCGGACCCUGCGACAGGAGUCCCUCGAGGAUUUCCGGAGCCAGUGGAAGGAGCUGAAUCGGAUCGUCUCAGAGCAUCCACACUUGCAUCUGCCACAGAAGGAGGCCCAUUGCCGGGAGGCUGUGAUGUGGUGGGUGCAUCACUUGGCCGAAGAGAAGCGCCAGGAGUUCCGGAGGCAGAACCUCACGGUGCCAUUGCUGCCUGAGGGCCCCAAAAGAAGCUGCGACCCUGGACUGCGACAGCUGGACAGCGAUGGGGGGGAAACGACGGCAGCGACCAUGCUGUGUGCCAAGGUGAAUGAGGCCAACUCCUGUGAUUGGUGUCACUCCACUCAGGCAGAUCAUGACAAGAAGCUCCCUGGCACUUUGCCGCCUGACGCGCUGAAGAAGACCAUUGGGCCGGACGAUGGGAACCCACAGGGCUGGAACCGCACGCGCCGCUGCGACCAAGAUCAGCUGCCACGAUGCCAACUCUGCGAGGGCGUGGGCGGGAUGGCCUUUGGCGAUCGCAACGAGGAGAUCGUCCUCACGCCCUGCGAGGUCGUGGCCAAUGCCAGUGAGGUGGAUCCCCAGACGGUGGCGAAGCCCUUGUACCCGAAGCAGUUCACUAUCAGGCGCAAGGAUGGCAAACAGGGUGGCUAUUCCGACACCCUGAUCGGAUGGAAGACCGAUCCCUUCUGCUUUGGCUUUUUUUCCGCAGAACGACUCCACGACGCCCUAGUGAAGUACUACGACAUCGAGCGGGAGGCACAACGUGCAGAUUAUACCAUCCACAAUGGCGGGCUGUUCUCGCUCUUCCCGAACAUCACUUCGACCAUCCUGCACGUGCAAGAACAGAUGUGGAUCCAGAAUGACCUGUGGGGCGUCAAGCAGUGCAUUUGCGCGAACCCCUCGGGCAACCACUGUACCAAUCCACCCUGCAAAGCCUUUGUCCAGCACUGGGACACCUUUGCCUCUGCACAGUACUUGGGCCGUGAACGCAUAGGCGCUGAAUGGAUCCAAGAUCAUGGUGUUGGUGAGGCGUCCAAACUCAUGGAGCUGGACCACUUUAUCUUGUGGGCUCAUCAUGUGUGGACAGACCCCGUCUCCAAGCGCUUGGUUCGUGCGUGGAAGCCCUUCAAUGGCUUGCAACUCUAUGACCCGGAGGCCUGGCAAGACCACGUCGCAGAUCCUUCGGUCUUCGACGCGCCUCCAGACCUUUGUAAGAAGGGACAGAGAUCAGUGCGCAUCAACUGCGAUGACGACGGCAAUUAUCACCCCAAGAAGUCAGCCAACACUCACAUUUUAGACGCCCUGAUAAAGAGGGCCGCCUCCCAUGGGCCUGAAGAUAUUCACGCCUUUGCCGCCCAACUUUGGGCUAACAUGGAGGUCCUGGUUUGA